AAAUCCAAUCCCCAAUCUCCCCCUCUCCCGGCGGCGCGGCAAGACCAAGAUGCUGUGGGUGGACAAGCACCGGCCGAAAACCCUAGACAAGGUCAUCGUCCAUGAGCAGGUGGCGCAGAACCUCAAGAAGUUCGUGGCGGAGCAGGACUGCCCGCACCUGCUCUUCUACGGGCCGCCGGGGUCCGGCAAGAAAACCCUAAUCAUGGCGCUCAUCAAGCAGAUGUUCGGCGCCGGUGCCGAGAAGGUGAAGAUGGAGAACAAGACCUGGAAGAUAGAUACUGGGACGAGGACAUUUGAUCUGGAGCUGGCGAUGUUGUCGAGCUCCCACCACGUAGAAAUGAACCCUAGCGAUGCGGGGUUUCAGGACAGAUAUGUUGUUCAGGAGGUCAUAAAAGAGAUGGCCAAGAGCAGGCCAAUUGAUGCAAAGGGCAAGAGAGCAUUCAAAGUGCUUGUCCUAAAUGAAGUUGAUAAGCUCUCACGAGAAGCACAGCAUUCUCUCCGUAGGACAAUGGAGAAGUACAGUGCAUCUUGUAGGCUGAUAUUAUGCUGUAAUAGCUCCUCAAAGGUGACAGAAGCUGUAAGAUCCCGUUGCCUGAAUGUGCGAGUGAAUGCACCUAGUGAAGAUCAGAUUGUACAAGUUCUGGAGUUCAUUGGGAAGAAAGAAAACCUGCAACUUCCAUUUGGAUUUGCUGCUCGGAUAGCAGCUCAGUCAAACCGCAACUUGAGGCGAGCAAUAUUAUUUUUUGAGACAUGCAAAGUCCAACAAUAUCCGUUUUCACCGAAUCAAGUGCCACCUCCUCUUGACUGGGAGCAGUAUGUGUCUGAAAUUGCGACUGAUAUCUUGAGUGAACAAAGCCCUAAAAGGCUAUACUCUGUGCGCCAGAAAUUCUACGAGUUACUUGUAAAUUGUAUCCCACCUGAAAGCAUUUUGAAGAAGUUGUUGACUGAGUUAAUGAAGAAGUUAGAUGCAGAUCUGAAACAUGAAGUUUGUCGCUGGGCUGCGCAUUAUGAACACAAGAUGCGCCUUGGGUCCAAGGCCAUUUUUCAUCUGGAAGCUUUCGUGGCCAAGUUCAUGAGUAUUUACAAGGAGUUCUUGGUCGCCACAUUUGGUUGAUGAACCUGAAUCACAUGGCAGCUUUCUGGUUGCGCAAAGAUGCUCACAGUUCCUUAUCCAUGCGUGGGUGUUUCCAUUUUGUAUGUACUUGGUGUAGCUUGUCUCGAACUUAUUUGAGCCAGUCUUCGUUUAUUUGAACCCUUUAGAUAUUAUCAUUUGGAGUCGCCCUUCUGUGAUUCUAUCUGUUUUGCCUUCUACGCGAGUAGUAGCUAUUACUUCUGUUCUAUCUUUCUAAAAA